GUUCAUGCGUGUUCAGGUGUGGCCGUUGUCGAGAUGUCGAGACCGAUCCUACGUCCUCAGCAAGUGACCGGACAACAUAAUCUGCCUUAUCGAUCAGCUCGUACUGCGUAUCCUACGUUUCUCUCAUUCCAGGCGACACUCAAGUUGCAGGCAGGAUGGGCAUGGUGUGGGCUUGUCGAUGCUUCUAGGUGGGACAUGGUAGUGAGAUUGGUUGCAAGCGACCACGAGAUCCGCGCAAAUGUGCUCAAGUCUCUCUUGUUGAAUACGAUUUCACUUCUCUCGAUAUAUGUCUUCGAUCUCCUACUGCAUCCUCUAGCGAAAGAUCAGCCUCAGAAAUGGCUACAUCGGAAUGUGGGGUGGUUCUACCAGGUGCUAUGGCUGCUCCCCGUCGUGGGCCUUUCACUCUAUCUCAAUACCUCAUGGUGCACACUCAUAGCUAAACGCACAUACACUUUACAACACGGCCGCUCCUCGUCGUAUCCAGGUCCGGGAACUUCCCCUUCCCCGAAUGCAUACAUCGCCUUCCUUCAUUCGCUGGCGACAUCCGCAUACCGUAGCGUCAUGGUCCUCACAAGUAUUAUUGUUUCACUUGCACUGAGCUACGUGCCGCUCGUCGGCGGUUCGGCUGAGUUUCUCUUUCUAUGCUGGGUGGAUGCGUACUACUGUUUCGAAUUCACAUGGAUCGCGCGUGGUCUUUCGCUAUCUCGGCGAGUACGGCAUCUAGAGGAACGUUGGGCGUACUAUUUUGCAUUCGGUCUUCCAUCUGCCGCUCUCUGCAUAUGGGGAAGCACCCUUGCCAAUGCCGCGCUCUUCGCGCUUCUCUUCCCAUCCUUCAUCAUCAUGGCGAUGCAUGCUAGGCCUGUCCCAUAUGACCCAUACAACCCCGUCCCACCAUCGCCGUCACCUGGUUCACAGCAACAGCCCAUCCUCCAUCCUUCCCCAUACAUCCCAAUUCGGUUCCCCGUCUUCGUACCCGUCAUAUUCAUAAACGACUGCAUCGUGCGCAUUCUCAGCUUAGGCACGCGAGGUGGGAGAUCAAGAUUCACCAGCGGAGGGAGCAAGGCGUACGAGACGGCAGAAAGCGUGGAAAAAGGAGAGGGCGGUGAUGAAGUGGAGUUACGAGCUACGAAUUUUGGUCCAUCAAGGGUGGGAAUUGGGGGGAGGACAAAGAUCCUCGGGGAUAGUAGGCGGAAGAUAGACUGAUCUUUCCUGCGCUGUCGAACAACACAUGCCCCUCCCGUGCUCUAUAUUUUCCAUUUAUUACAGUAAUGACUCACAUUCAGACACGCACGGAGCAUUUUUUAUGAUACCACUCAGAUCUAUACCAUAACAUAGG